AUGAAGACAGUAGUGUUUGACUUGGAGACAUCUUCAAGGGGUACCAACUAACUAAUAAUAAUAAUAAUAAUAAUAAUAAUAAUAAUAAUAAUAAUAAUAAUAAUAAUAACAGUAGUUCAUUAAAAAUUAAAAAUCAUAAUCAUUCUAAUCAUUCUUCUUCUUAUCAUUAUUAUUAGCAGUAUUAUUAUUAUUUUAUUGUUAUUAUUAUUAUUAUUAUUAUUAUUAUUAUUAUUAUUAUUAUUAUUAUUAUUGUUAUUAUCAUUUAUUAUAUAGACACGAGUGUUUUACUGGAAAAUAUGCCACUCGUUAAAUUCAUAAAAACUACAUCCGGGACCCGAGUGGUUUAUUUUCCAUAAUCUCACAUGUGAGUUUAUCGAUGACAUAAUUUUGGUAAUUUCCCUCUAUUAUUUUAUCAAUGUCAUUUUGUCUAUAUAAUAAAAAGAACAUUACACGGCAGCUUGAAGAUAUGAAUUUUAUUUUCUCGUGGCAAAGACAAUAUUUUACUCACUCACUGCGCUCAUUCGUAAAAUACUGUUUUGCCACUCAAAAAUAAAAUUCAUAUCUUCGCGCCACCAUGUAAUAUCCUCUAUUUAUUUUUAGUGCAUUACAUGUGAAUGCUCUUAAAAUAUUGAAUAAACAUUACAAAAGAAUAAUGCAAGAUCCUUUAAUUUAUUGUUUGGGAGAGCCAAAGCCCUUCUCAGUUUUUUCGCUCCUGAAAGUUUUCUUUCAUCUCUAAGAAAAAAAUUAAAACUAAAACUUCCAAAAAAUUGUUUAUGCUAAAUUAUUAGGUGAAUUGUUUACAAAUAACCAAAUACAAAGACCAAAAUUGUUUAACAAUUAAAAUUCCCUCAUUAAUUUUGGCAGGUGAUGAUGCUGAAAUUUGCGAGAUUGCGGCAGCAGAAGGAAAGAAUACCUUCCAAGUUUACAUCCUUCCUAGCAACAGCAUAACACCAGCUGCAUCAGCAGUCAACAAGUUGACUGUGAGGAGUGGGGUUCUCCACUAUGAUGGAAAACCAGUUUCCUCAACAUCUUUAGCAGCAGGCCUAUCAGAUCUUCUUCAAUGGCUCGAAGCAAGACAACCGUGUUUGCUCAUGGCACAUAAUGCGAAAGCUUUUGAUGCAAAACAUCUGGUGAAGGCAGUGACUUCAAGUGACCUGCUUCCCAAGUUCUCUCAGGUGGUACUUGGUUUUUCAGAUACCCUGCCAGCCUUCAGACAGCUGUUUCCUGAUAGAGCAUCCUGCAGCCAAGAACACCUAGCACAAGACCUCCUUGAGAAAACCUACAAUGCCCAUAGUGCAUUAGAUGACGUCCUCAUCCUACAAGAGCUGGCAUCCAAGUAUAUCACUGACAGCACUCUGUUACAGCACAGCUUUACAACAUCAUGGGUGGAGACAUACACAGUGUUCCUUGGCCAGAAGAAACAAAAUCUCAAAACCCUACAGCCACUCAUCAGCUCAAAAGCAGUGUCGAAAGGAAUGGCGGAGAAAAUAGCAGCUUCUGGCUUGAGACUAAGCCACAUACAGCUAGCAUUUACAAGAGGUGGAGCUGAUGGAAUCUCUAAGGUCCUCACAGAGAAAUUUAGCGGCAGGGCAAGGAUCACAACGAACAAGAGAAUUCUUGAGAACAUUUCCAGUUUCUUUGCAGACAAGUGA